UUUGUAAACAAGGCCGGCCAUGGUGUUUCUGUGAGGAAAAUCUUCACCCUAAUCAGAAAGGCAGACAUGGAAGCAGAAGGUCCAGGAUCUCCCACCGGAGUUUCUCAAAGCUGCCCUGCCUCAACUCAAAGUUGCAGCGACAGCAGCAUGGGACAUCCACCAAUUCUUCCAAAACAUGUUGAUGAGAAACCCUACAUGUGUGGGGAGUGUGGGUACUGCGCAGCUAAGAGGGCAGACUUGCACAAACAUAUGAGAAAGCACAGUGGAGAAAAGCCCUACAAGUGUGACCAGUGUGACUAUUCUGCUGCACAGAAAUCCACUUUGGACCAACAUCUAACAAAACACACCGGUGAGAAACCCUACAUGUGUGGGGAGUAUGGGUAUAUGACUGCUAAAACGUCCCACCUUACCCAGCAUAUUAGAACCCAUACAGGAGAAAAACCCUACAAGUGUGACCAGUGUGACUAUUCUGCAGCACACAAGGCAACUUUAGACCGCCAUCUCACAAAACACACCGGUGAGAAACCCUACAUUUGUGGAAAAUGUAGUUACAGAACAACUCAGAUGUCUAAUUUAUCUAGACACAUGAGAACACAUACAGGAGAGAAACUAUUCAAGUGUGACCAGUGUGACUAUUCUGCUGCAAACAAAUCCACUUUAGACCGCCAUCUUGCCAAACACACGGGUGAGAAACCCUACAUCUGCGGUAAGUGUGGGUACAGCACAACUCAGAUGUAUCAUCUGUCCAGGCAUCUAAAAACCCACACAGGAGACAAGCCCUACAAGUGUAACCAGUGUGACUUCUCGACGGCAAGAUUUUCCAACCUGUCUCGGCAUUUGGCAAUGCAUAAGAUGGAGACAACGUCGCAUAUGUGACAAGUGCUGUGUACCACUUCACUGGACUGGUUCUGUA